AUUAAAGAAACUAAAGAAAAAGCUCAUGCAAGUUGGCAAAAUUUGCCUCACAACACGCGUUGGACAAAUUUCUGUAAAUUAACAAUUAACUUAAAUUAAUACAUAAAACAACUUAUUUUAGCAAAGUCAAAAUAUUUCUUCUGGUUUUAGUGUGCUGAUGCGUUCUCAGUCAUAGAGCUAGAACAUUGCAUUAGCACGACGGCCCACAGCGACGAGAGUCACUUUGGAUUAUUUUAUAUUUAUAUGUAAAGGAGAGUGGUAAAACAUCCCUCAGCUGAGACACGUCUUCGCGCGGCUUUCAAUAUGGAUGAAAGAGGUCCAUGUCUUCAUCCACUGAUGAAGAUAUUAGGAACUUUGUGGAACCAUUAGAUCUUCCUAAACUGAAGACUGAGCAAAAAAAUUCUCUUGAUUCUGAGAUAACCUUGGAGGAGCUUGUUGAGAACUGGUUGAAUAUUUCAGAAUGCAGAUCAGAGAAGAUCCAGAUGUGGCUUCAGCCGUGGCUGCGAUACGCUCACUACUUGAAUUCCUAAGGAGAGAUCAAAGUGAGACUAUUGUUGGCUUGAGAGAGAACAUGACACAGGCUAUACACAGACUACAGGAGACUGAUUCAUCAGUUGCUGUCUCAUCUGGAGGAGAACUCUUCCUGCGUUUCAUCAGUCUUACCUCUCUGGAACAUCCGGAUCUCUCGCAGUGUAAAAAUGUGAUGAUAGAGAGAGGUGAACUCUUCUUGAAGAAAAUAUCCCUCUCUAGGGGUAAAGUGGCCAAACUCUGUCACACCUUUGUCAAAGAUGGAGCUAAAAUCCUGACACACUCUUCAUCUAGAGUUGUGUUAAAGGUUCUUGAAAAUGCUGCAGCUGAUAAUAAACGUUUUACUGUGUAUGUCACCGAAUCACAACCAGACUUAGCAGGUGAAUUGAUGGCUCAGAAACUACGCAGACUCAACAUACCUGUCACAGUAGUGCUUGAUGCUGCAGUCGGGUACAUCAUGGAGAAAGUAGACCUGGUAAUUGUUGGUGCUGAGGGUGUUGUGGAAAGUGGUGGUGCUAUCAACAAGAUUGGUACCUAUCAGAUGGCAGUGUGCUCUAAGGCACACAAUAAACCAUUUUAUGUGGUGGCAGAAAGUUUUAAGUUUGUGCGACUCUACCCUCUAAACCAACAAGACGUACCCGAUAGAUUUAAGUAUAAAGCAGAUAUCCUGAGAACAGUGGAAGAUCUCAAUCAAGAGCACCCAAUGAUUGACUACACCCCUCCUUCCCUCAUUACAUUACUUUUCACUGACCUAGGUGUGCUGACCCCCUCUGCUGUCAGCGAUGAGCUCAUCAAACUCUACUUAUGAUGUGCUUGAGUGUUCUGCAUAAUAACAUUUGAAUUAUUGCCCACAUGUAUGACCACAUAGAUUUCAAAUACACCACUUACUGAAAUGUUUUGAAAAUUGUAAAAUGUCCUGUAUUUGAAAACUUUGCCACCGUUGAAGAUUAAAUUGUCUGGUUUAAAUAUCAGAAAGGACAAUGGAUCAUUUUCAUGUGCCUA